UCAUUGCAUUCUACAGUCGCACACCUCCCGUGUGCGUGUGUAUUUCUCCAUGUUUUUUUAUUGUUACUCUCUUUUACCCCCAACCUGUUCAAACCCUAAAAUUCCCUUUGCCCAAGAAACCUUUAAAUUGAUUUUGAAAAUCGAAACCCUUUAUCUCGAAGAACAAACCCUAAUUUCUGAAAUUGGCUGUUCGUCGGAACUCAAGAAUUAUUGGUUAGAUGCAACUCCGAUGAAGCGAAACCACCAGUCCGAAUGCGGUGGUUGUGGCUGCGAAGAGCCGGUGUUCCUCUUCCACAUCCGCCACAGAGGCAUCUACCGUCGUCUCUGCACCGCCUGCGUUCUCAAGAACCACUCCGGCUCCUUCUGUCCUAUCUGCUUCGAGGUCUACGACGAACCUCCUCCUCCUCGCCAGCGUCUCAUGUGCCUCAAUUGCCCUUCCAUCACGCACCUCUCCUGCUCCGCCUCCUCCACCUCCACCUCCGCCUCCACCUCUACCUCCGACGGCGUCUCCCGUGCCUACCAAUGCCCUCCCUGUGCAAACCCUAACUACACUUUCUUCAACCUCAGCUCAUCCAAGAUCAAGACUGAAGGCAAUACCAAUGAUGGAGAAUCUGUUAGAACAGAGAGUGGCAGAGCUAUCGAUAAGGAUUCGGCGAAGCAAUUACUGGCUGCUGCAACAAUUUCAUUGAAGUCAAUGAAUAAUGCAGCGUCCGUUGCCAGAGUUGAAGCCGAGAAGAGGAGUAGGGAAGCUGCGGUGGCGAGGAAGAGAGCGAGAGAAUCCCUGGAGCCAGUGGCGUAUCUGGCGACGAAGGAGGAGAGAGGGAAAAUGGAUUCGAGAUCAACUGCAGAGCAGCCGAAGGUGAAAUUGGAAUUUGAUAGUUCUGUUUCGCCGCCAAAACGGGUUGAAGAUCAAAUUGGGGCUGAUAGGUUUCAGAAAGAUGGCAUUGUUUCAGAGCCUCCUAAAAGUGGUGUACAUGUGGGUGGACAGAUUCAUAGAGUAGAAGAAGGAGCUAAGGAAAGCAAUGGGGUACAUUCAGCUCAUCCUGAUGUAGAACACUCAACAUCGGAUUCGAAGCAAUCAUUGUAGCAAUUAAGGAGUUUCACUGCUGCAAGUGCAACUACGGGAUAUGAGAAGGAAGCUUCUGUGAAUUUGUGAGUAGUUACUCCUCAUUGUAUUCUCUGUUCAAUCGUGUAGAAAUGUUUUGUAAUAGAUUAGUGUGUAGUCAAGCUUUCAACUUUAGUGAUGUUCAUCCGAGUGUACUUUAUGUAGUCAAUUCUAUUUUCUUUAUACUCU